AUGGGCGGAUUUGAUAUUAGCCCAAGUCAAACGGAAUGUGUCUAUAUAGAAACACAAAGACAAUUCCAAAAAUUAAAGGCAGAAGAAGCUCAGGCCAAAGGAAAAUUACUUAUUGCAAUGCGGAUGUUGCAUUGGAC